UGGCUGUGCGGUUUGUCGCCCACGCUCCUCACCGUUCAUUCCACUCGCUUCACUAUGAUUGGAGUGGGUGCCGUGAGAGCGGUUUCGUUUGUCUGGCGGUUUAACACGACAGUUUCACCUUACUGCAAAACUCCGACCCUGCCCAUGGAUGUAAGCUGUACGCCGGAAAAUCACGAGAGCGCCUGACGGUUUUGUUUCCUUUGGAGCUUUAUAUCCCACCCUCACAUACACCCAUCGACUACGGAGACCGCAAGAGCCCAUCGAUGAUCCCCAGAUGCAGACAAGGCCACAGAGAACCUUUGCGGCGUCCGCCUACGAGCAAAUCGCCCACCCAGAAUUCUAUCGCAUGGGAUUUUGCCCGUUAAAUACGCCACACGCUAUACGAAACCCCAAGGCAAUAUCAGCCUUGGAGAUCCCGUUUACCGUAUAUCACACCUACCCUCACGCCAACACGUACAUUGCGCCACAGCAACUCGGCACACCUAUCAAUACCUGGUAUGAGGAGUGGCAGACGGAGCCUGGCAAAUUCGGCGCAAGAACCCCAAUGAAGCUGCUCAACGAGCCCGUCCAGAUCAAUCUGAAAACGCAUCCCUACGACGCCAAACGGGUCCAUCUCAGCCACUGGGAUCGUGACCACGAGCCGCAUGGAACGACGGCGCAACGCAUGGAGCUACAGAACAAGCGUGUUGAGAUCAAGAAGCGAGUGCUCAUUCUCGAGGCGACGAGACAGGAGAAGCGCAGGAAAGUGAGGCAUGCGGUGCAGAAUGCAGAUAUUAUUGAUCUCACGGCCGGCAAUUGAAGGAAUGGUUCUGAGGUAUUCAUGGCAAGUACAUCCAAAGAGCUUGAUGCUUGUACUUUGCUUCAUGCAUCGGUAUACCAUUCAAGGUUAUCAGGACACGAGGCGUGCGUUCCCAUAGUGAAGCAGAGUCUCCAUUGCAGCCUAGUACUCUCUCUCUCUCCCGACUCUGGAGCCUUCACCUUGGAUUCUCGAAUUGACGAGCACUGGCGUGAAACCCAUCACAGCACGCGGUAGAAAUUUCAAGUGGGCCAGUCACAGCUCAUCAACUCACAGUCACUUUUGUAAUUGCCUCUCGGUGAACGCGUGCUGUAGAAUAUUUUGUAAUGCUAAUACAAU